AUGGCAAACUACGACAUCAAAAUCAUUUCCGACACCGUCUGCCCCUUCUGCUACCUUGCCCGCGCCCGCAUCGACCGCGCCAUCACUCUCUUCAAGAAGACCGUGCCCAACGCCUCAUCCUCCACCUUCACCAUCCGCUGGCACGCCUUCCAGCUCGACAAGUCCAUUCCACAAGGCCAAUCGACCUCGGUACAAGAUAUGGCUGUGCAGCGCUUUGGCGCCGACCGCCUUGCCGCCAAACGCGCGCGGAUGGCUCAACUCGGCGACCAGGAGGGCUUCGGCUUCACCUUUGCGGGCCGUAUCGGCAACACGCGCGACUCGCACCGGCUGUCGCACCUGGGCCGCGAGCUGGGCGGUUGGGAGCUAGAGGAUAAAGUGCAGACUGAGAUGAUGAGGAUGUUCUUUGAGCAGGGCGGCGACAUUACGAGCUUUGACGACUUGAGCGGCGCGGCGGAGAGGGCGGGCAUCGAGCGGGAUGUUGCGCGGAAGUGGCUCGAGGAUGGGAGUGGCGGCGAGGAGGUUGAUCGGGAGGUGGAGGAGAUGGAGAGGUUGGGGAUGAAGGGCGUACCCAAGAUCUUUAUUGAUGAUGAGUUUGUGGUGGAGGGGGCUGAUGAUGUGACGGCCAUCUUUGAGCAGCUGUACAAGGCGAAAGAGGCCAAGGAGAAGAUAGAGAUUCAAGGGUAA